AACUAAUUUUGGCAUCUUAAUGAAUUACGACAAAAUUGUUAUCGCUAAAAUCCCGUCUCUGUUUAUAUUUGACAACUUAAACCCUAAAUCAAAUUAACCUGUGCUAGUUUAUCUCGGUAUACGUUAGCUUCUAAAGGUCAAAUGAUAACCAACUAAUCCCCCCUAAAAAUACAUCGGGUAUUGGAUAUUCAGUUAAUAGAAACAGCUGAUAUCAUAGCUUUCAUUCGAUUUAGAGAACAUGUUACGAGCAAGGAGGAGACAUCAAUAAAACAACGUGCAACUUAAUCUGUUCGCUAAGAGGAUAGUUUAGAGACUACUUUUCUCGUUUUUCUUAAAGAUACAAACAUGUCAUUAUUACUCCAGUUGUGAGCUGAGCUAACAAGAGUAUAAUGUCCUGGUGUGUAUGGAGUAACUUGUGCGGAAAACGAAUAGGAGAACUGGAAAUAUAGUGGAAUGCGUUUACAAAGUUCUAAAGAAAAAGGAUUCCGAAAAUGGUACUUUCAUGGUCGCACAUGAUUUCAGUCAAGUUUAUACUUGGAAUUUCUAUUUUAUGAGAACUAUAUUUAAGGGCCAUACUCAUUUUUUUUUUUUUGCCUUGUAGUUCUAAUACUAGUGAUGUAGUUUUUGACGAAAGAUAAGAGUCGUAGCAUAUGGCUAAAAUAGUAAACCAGUCAAACUGUCAUUGCUCCGGUUGCAAUAACCCUUAAAAUGAAUAAUGGCUACUGAAAUCGAAAGUGAAAAUCGAAUUAAGAGUAUCUUAUCCACUCUCGAAAUAUUAGAUGGAAAAAAUAAGAUCAAGAAGAAGAUAUUGGGGAAGAGGCAAAGCGAAUCCCUGCGUAACCCGACCUACUCAUCAGCGUUAAAGACACAUCAUUCCCUGUCCUGUGACAAAGAAACGAGGAUGGUGCCCAAAAUACUCGCUAGAGAAAAUGACGAGACAAUGGUGGGAAAAUACUCUACUUUCCUCGCUCAAAUAGUGACGGAUUCCAGCAGUAAAGAAAGACGAAAUUGGAAAAAAGAAAGAAACAGUGAUUCUAUUUUCGAUCAAGAUAAUUUGAGAGGAGACAGGCCAAACAACUUUCAAAGAAGACGUGAUACAUUUAAGUUUACUGAAAAUCAGCAUGGCACUUCAGGAGACACUCGACGACCUAGAGAUGCAAAAUUUGUCCAAAAUGGAAAGCACUUGAUACCAUCUUUAGAUCGGAAGCACUGUAAACCUUUCCCUAUACGAACAGAAAAUGAUAGUGAUUCCAAGCAAAACCCUGAGCAAACCGAACAGAUGGAUUUUAUCGCGGAAAAUACUACUUCCAGCAAAACUUCAACAUGGCAGCAAGUUGUGAAAUCGCGAUUGAUUCUGAAGCUAGUCAGUGACGCCACGACACCAAGAGUCGCAGAAGUCGUCGAAACCAAGAUGAAGGCUCGUCGUAUCAGGAAAAGCUCAUCCGAGUUGGAUAAGGACAAAGAAAAUGGUGGUUUCCAUAAUCAUCUAUCAACUGUGAUCGGUGCUACAGUAGCCUUCAAACGAAAAAAACUCAAAAUACUACGAGAAGAACGAAAGUUUCGUCUCUCCAGACUGUUCAGGGUUGUAGCCCGUCUUGUUGUGGUAAUCAGACGUAUCUGUGAGGUUCAUUUCGUCGAGAGAGGGUAACAUUUCUCCUUUAAGCCAAUUUGAAUAAGAUAUGAAUUUGAGCCAUUAUGAGAGAACAACAUGGUUUAUAGAUAUAUGUUUCAUUUGUCUCAUGUGAUUCCUUAAACUAUGUAGGAAAUUGUCUGGAAACACGUCAACAUUAUCCACGUUCGUCUUAUCAUACUGAGACAACAUGACUAUCAACGUGAUUAAUCUACGCCUUCAAACACGCAGUUACACAACAGAGUUAAACAAGUAAUCCUUGGUAUUUAUUGUUCAUACUUGCUUCCAUGGGAUAUGCAUAACGAACAUGGAGAAAAUAAUUGAAAAUAACACUAUUUCAUCGUAUUCCUUACGCAUACAUAAAUGUUCUUAUUACAAUGUGGUAUACUGCAUGUGACUUAGCCUGAUAUGAUGUAGCAGGUUUUGGGUAAUUAAAAUUUCUUCGUGUACUCGCAUUGUGACCUCAUCUUGUAUAACUUUGUGGUUAUGAAAAACAACGACAACAACGACAAGUCUUUGGAUAUUGUGCCAAGAUAUAAUGUCAACUGUUUGUGUUAUGGGGAUAUUCAAAGUAUCACUAGACCUCAUACCAAUUCGAGAAAAGAGAAAUAUUUUCGUUUUUGAAAAUGGAUAUUAUAUUUACUAUGUAUAGGAAAUUGAUUGUUGUUACCAGAUGUACUUGACGUCAUGCAUGAAAAGAAAAUGCCAAUUGGUUAAGAGCUUACUUGGCAGCAAUUAACCUUUCCCAAACAAACUAAAAGACAUAAGUGGCCAAUCUUUACUUUAAACAUGUUUAAACAAUAAUUAGUA